AUGUCAGGUCUCCACGAGGUCCAAACAGGCUCCGGCAAAUUAGCCAACAAGGUCGCCAUCGUCACAGGUGCUGCCUCAGGUUUCGGCCUCGCGUGCGUCCGGAAAUUUAUUGAUGAAGGCGCCAAAGUCGUCGCCGCAGACAUGAACGAGGCCGGUCUCCAAAAAGCCUUCGCCGAUGCCGCCGACAGUCACGUUGCAACUCUUACCGCCAACGUCACCUCGUCCAGUGACUGGAGCAAAAUGGUCGACAUAGCCGUCUCAAAAUUCGGAGGGUUGGAUAUCGUCGUCAACAACGCCGGAACAUCCUACAAGAAUAAACCCACGCUAGAGGUUACAGAGGAAGAGUACGACAGGGUCAUGGCCGUGAAUGUCAAGAGCAUCUUUUUGAGCAUACCGGCUGCGGUCCCCGCGUUGCAAAAAAGGGGAGGUGGAUGUAUCAUCAACAUUGCCAGUAUAGGUGCCAUGAGACCCCGGCCAGGGCUGGUUUGGUAUAAUGCGAGCAAGGGCGCUGUUGCGAAUGCCACAAAGGGUCUCGCCGCCGAAUUUGGCAAAGAUCAAAUCCGCGUCAACGCCCUCUGCCCUCUACUCUCUGGCACUGGCCUUUUCGAGUCCUUUGUGGGGGUCCCUUACAAUGAAGAAAACAUGAAGAAGUUCCUGUUCAACGUCCCGCUGGGAAGACUGACGGAUCCCUCGGACGUGGCCAACGUGGCGGCUUUCCUGGCCAGUGACGAGGGCAAGUUUGUCACGGGGGUGAAUCUGGAGGUGGAUGGCGGCAGAGCUGUUGGCUCGUAG